UAUGGGUCUUGGAUUAGAGGGCAACAAACUUUCCAGAUAAAGUCUAUAAACCCAAGACAUGAUUGUAGUAGGAGUUAUAAGAACCCCAUUGUCACAUCAUCUUGGAUUGCAGAUAAGAUGAUGCCACUGUUUAUAAGCCAACCUAAUGUGCCUAUCAAAGCACUUGCUGAUGAGAUUAAGAGAAAGUGGGGAGUGGAAGUUCCUAAAAUGAAGUUGUAUCGUGCUCGAGCGAAGGCUCAGUUUACCAUAUUUGGCAGCCAUAGAGAACAGUAUGCCAAGGUAUGGGACUAUUGUGAGACCCUGAAACAAAGGAACCAAGGUAGUUGUUUGUUAGUUAGGGUGGAACGAAUAGCUCCUGAGUUACCUCCUAUUUUUCAAAGGAUGUAUGUAGGAUUGGCAGCCUGUAGAGAGGGUUUUAAGGCUGGUUGUAGACCAUUGAUUGGUUUGGACGGUUGUUUCUUAAAAGGACCAUUUAAGGGGCAGCUCCUAUGUGCUGUUGGUAGGGAUGCAAAUGAUAACAUGUACCCAAUUGCAAUGGCCAUUGUGGAGGCAGAGUUAAAGGAUAGUUGGGGAUGGUUUAUUGAGACACUUAUAUCCGAUCUUGGACAGCAACCUGAAGGUGGGUGGACAUUUAUCAGUGAUAGACAAAAGGGUUUAAAACCAGCAAUGGAGGAGUUGGUGCCUUACAAUGACAGCCGUAUUUGUGUCAGGCAUUUAUAUGCCAAUUUUCGAGAUGCUGGCCACAGGGGUGUGGCUUUAAAGGAGAAAUUGUGGCAGGCAGCUACAGCAUACACAAAGAGGGACUUUGAGAGAGCUAUGGAGGAACUGAAAGCCCUCAGUCAGCCUGCAUAUGACUACCUAAAGGUUAUAGACCCAUCACAAUGGUCUAGAGCAUGGUUUAACACAUUUUCAAAGUCUGACUUGGUAGUGAAUAAUCUUAGUGAAUGUUUCAACGCGUAUAUUCUGCAAGCACGUGAUAAGCCAAUUGUGACUAUGGUGGAGACCAUACGGAAGAAACUGAUGGCACGAUAUCAGUUGAAAAGGGAAGCAAUUAGUAAAUGGGAGAAUACAAUCACGCCUCGGAUAGUUGCAAAGUUUGAACUUAUGCAUGAUUUGUCCAUCUAUUGUACUCCAACGUAUGCAGGAUGUGGUCAGUUUGAAGUUAACAAUGCUGGUAGGCAAUAUGUGGUUGAUUUGGAAAAGAGGACCUGUUCAUGUUUGAGAUGGGACAUCACAGGUAUUCCAUGCCCGCAUGCAUACACAUGUAUUGUGUAUUCUGACCAAGAUCCCAAGGGAUAUGUGCAUCAUUACUAUAGUGUGGAGAUGUGGAGGGCAGCAUACGAGCCUUUAAUUUAUCCUAUGCCAAGUGAGGAUCAGUGGCUCACUACCACAUACGAGAAGCCUACUGCUCCUGAGGUUAGGAAACAACCCGGGAGGCCAAAGAAACAUCGAAGAAGAAAUGAGGACGAUCGACAAGGAGCAAACAAGUUGAGAAAAACUGGUGUGCAUAUGACCUGUUCGAGAUGUAAUCAAGUUGGUCACAACAAAAGAAAAUGUCCGCGUGGGAACGCAGGCACACCCUCCUCCACUUCUGCAGCAGAAUUUCAAACUCCUUCAUUUCUAGAUGAACAAGUCAUUUCACAACCUCCAAUGUCAGAACCUUCACAGCCAACAACCCAAUCUAUGCAAACUGGGAACGCUCCACCUUCGUCGCUUUCACAGGCAACAUGGCAAACAAGUCCAACAGUGCAAACUCCCUUGUCAGAGACUUCGCAGGCAGGCCAAAGUAAUCAACUGCAAGUCAAUAUGGGUCGUGUAAAGAUGUUGGCCAAACGACCACCCAGGAGGCGGUCUGCAAGACUUGGGGGCCACCACUCACAGACUAGUACACGUAGACCUGUGUUUGUGGACUUAGACGUUGAUACAAGCAAUCCAGCACAAGGAAGACUGUGUUCUUGGGGCAAUCCUGGAAGGGGAGGCAUGCAAUUCAGAGUUGGUCAACUGCCACCCAAGCCCCAAGUGCCUCCUGCCAAGGCUAAUACAUCAGUGCAAAAAUGGAAGAAUGUAGAGUCAUCUUCACGUGUGGAGAGGGUGAACGAAGAUAAAAAGGGGAAACAGAAGCGACCAAAUUGGCAAUAUUGACUUGUUGUUAUAAUGGUGUAGUUAGGGCUUAAUGACAUUACUGUUAUUGGAAAACUUUUGUUGUAAUGGUCUAUAGUAGGGUGACAUUAUUAGAGUGACAAUAUUUGUUGGCAAUAUUGACUUGCUGUUCCAAUUGAGGGAUUUUGA